AUGUCUCGGUCUUCUCAAGAUCUUUCUGGCAAGAAAUCUCCCUCGCAAGAGAAGGACGAAUCUGUGAUAAUCCCACCCUUCGACAACUCAGCUCUCCUAGCUCGUUUCAGGCUUACCCUCAUAGGGAGAACUUUCCACACCGGUGGAAGAAGCAUCGAUGCUCUGCUUGCCUUCAUGCCUAGAUCUGGUAUACGGGAUGUUGCAGGACGAGUUCGGGGUGUGGACCUUGGAAAUGGACGGUUCCAUUUCGAUUUUGACUCGGAAGAUGACCUCCAGAAGGUGUUAAAGAAGCGACCUUGCCACUUCAAUAAGUGGACCUUUGCUCUUGAGCGAUGGGAACCAAAUCUCCAGGACAAUUUCCCGAGUUCUGUUACCUUUUGGGUCAGGAUCCGAGGCAUUCCCUUACACUACUGGGUUGAGCUAGCCUUCAAGAAGAUUGGAGAUGCUUUGGGGUUUGUUGAAGCCGUGGAUGAAAAAGAGGGAAGUGUCUUGGUCAGUGUUGACGUCACACAGCCUUUGAAGAUGAAGAAGAAAGCUCAGUUUGACAAUGGUGAUGAGGUCACAGUCACUCUUGAGAUGAUAAGCUUUACCGCUACUGUUUCCACUGUCUCAUGA